GUAAGCUCGAUAGCUGACAUCAGCUGACAAAAAUUCAUUCGUGUUUGACGUUUCACGAAAUUAGAAAAGCUGAGCGAAGAUUUUGUAAAAGCGAGAGAAUCGGUAAACGGCAUGGAACCUCAGGACGUGUAUUACAGCAGGGCGGAGUACGUCGAGACGGCUUCCGGGAAUAAGGUAAGCAGGCAGACGGUUCUAUGCGGUUCGCAGAAUAUCGUUUUACACGGAAAGGUGAUCGUACAAUCGGACGCUAUUAUCAGAGGCGAUUUAGCCAACGUCAGGACGGGACGUUAUUGUAUCAUCAGCAAAAACGCCAUCAUAAGGCCGCCGUUUAAGAAGUUUAGCAAAGGCGUCGCCUUCUUUCCUCUGACGAUGGGGGACCACGUGUUCGUGGGAGAACGAGCUGUGGUAAACGCGGCCAUCGUCGGUUCAUACAUAUACAUAGGGAAAAACGCAGUAAUCGGAAGGAGGUGCGUCCUGAAGGACUGUUGUUACAUCGAGGAUGGAGCCGUGAUCCCGCCAGAGACCGUAGUUCCUUCGUUUACCCGUUUGGCCGGCAAUCCUGCGAAGUGCGUCGAGGAUUUACCCGAGUGCACCCUCGACCUCAUGCUAGAAUUCACAAAGAACUAUUAUCAGCACUUUCUACCGUCACGCGGUUAAUCCGUUUGUUAUCCUGUAUUCUGUACACAGGCAUGCACCGAAAAGAAUGUCCUCUUGCUCGUGGAUCACGUUCGCCGGAUCAUCGUCUCCAUCGAUCGCUUUCUUUACGCUCCAAACUUCGUCGUCGUCGUGAUCGUCUUCUUCGUUUUUCAACUGCAUGCAUCUGCAAAAGAACGCAUUGGAAAAACGAUCGAAAGCACGCGUUGAAGUAUUCUUGCGUACCUCUUAUACCAUAGAAACUCCACGGCGAAUACGAGCAGGCUGAGCAACGAGCCAUAACCCAUCGCUAAAAAUGCGAAGUAACACUCGGUGAAUCCUAUACUGAUGACGCUCGUUCGACCGUGACACUUGGGUUUCGCCGUGUACAGCCGAGAUUCCUCCCGAUACGUUAGACCAGUUUCACCCAACAGUAAGGCCCUGAAAGGUGUCCGCUCGAAAUUCGCCAGGGUGACGGGAUCGUCGCGAAACUUACGUAUUCUUGAUGAUUUCCUUAUACGGUGAUCGAGGCUGAAUCGCGAACAGCGGAUACAUCACCUUCAGUAAAUCUAUCUCGGUGAUUCCACAUUUCUCUUCUUCUUGGUACGUCAGUUGCAUAAGCUCGUAAAUCGGACCGGUUUCCCCGUGGAACGCGAACAACUCGUUUUUUACUCGACGUACACCUUCCUCUAUCGUCAUCCAGGAAUCGUUUUUACCUCUCGACUCGAUCUUCUCGUCCACCAGAGCCCUUCGUAUCGGAUCUUGAAACGACUGAGCCGCGAGAGACAAUUUUUAUUCGUCUGUUCGUCCGUGAUCGCGUUAGCAAUAUCGACGAGUACCUUGAAAUAGUACCGGUUGUAGACGAUGUCGUGAGCGCCGCACUUUAGCGGGCUGUGCAACAGAUCGGCUACGGUUUUGAUCGAGUCGGUGGUCGACUGGAGUAAGGCGACGAUGUUGGCCGUGUAGGAGGUGUACAAGCUCAGGGCAGCGAGUAAAAGCAUCAGAGUGACGAUCCGAGAUGGAACGCGGUACGGUUCGUAGGAGGAUCCUGUACGAUUAUCCGUCGAUAUUUCCUCCAACGCGACGAUCGACGGUAUACUUACCUUGUUGCGCCGCAGCGGCCAGCACCACCAUCAGGUUGUCGCUGACCGUCUGCCGCGCCUGAUUCAGUCGGUGCCGGUACGUGAGCGUGGAAUCGCUUUCCGACGUCCCUCGAUGAUACUCCCAACUGGACGAUAACCAGAGCAAACCGAGGACCAGCAAGAGAAACACGCCGAUGGCGAGCCAGACGGAACGUUGAAACGGUAGAAUGAAUAUGUUGCUGACCGCGGACAACAAUGGUUGACGGAACACGAAUAGAGCUCUGCGGGUUGGAAAGAUUAACGAAAACGUAACGUGUUCGUCUACCGAUAGAUAGCUUACUUGGUACUCGUGUAAAGCUGCACGUAAUCGACCACUCCUAUGCGUUGCGGAAUCAGAAACGUCGCCGUGCCUCCUAAAUCCGCUUGCCGACUUUGCAGCAUACCAACCAUGCCGUUCCACGAUCCGUUCUCGUUUCGGUAUCCCCAGCUGUUGGUCGUUCGAAUUUCGAUGCUGUCAGUGGUGGAUUCGAUGGGUGAAUUUCGGCCGCGUAAUUAUCGGGUAACAGGCGAAAGGGUACUCACGUGGCGUUCAUUCGAUGCACGAUAUGCAGUAACCAGGGAUAAUUGGUUUUGGUUAUUGGAUCUAUGUGCUUGUAUUUGAAAUCGGUCAAGUGGUUGAUGGUAUCGGGAUCGCUCAUCUACGAAUAGAUACCGAUAACGUCGAUUUACGAUAGAAAGUUUACGCUUCGUUUCGAUUCUUUCGCAGUCGGAUCGAUUCGCUCGAAAGCUUCGUCGGCCGUUAUCUUAUCGCGCGAGUCGAUCGAAUGAAUUUAAUCGAACAAUUCAUUCGCGACAAAAGUUCUUCCGUCGCGAGACAAAAAAUUAAAUCUCGAGUACCACGAGGCAGGCUGUCAAGGGCGUUGAUCGAAGAUUCGCGCGUCGUCUGGAAGUAGGCUGGAAGUCGCGGAUUCGAACUCCUCCGUCGAUCGUCCAAUUUCCUCGAUCCUCCGUCGUGACCUCGUGAUAACGACUGGUCCUGUAGACGGACGAUAUCUCCGCGAAGUCCUGUCGAAGCUUUCUAACUAGAAUCAUCUCGCUGUCGGGAUAGAUGGCCAUACGAUUGAAGAUUUUCGCGUCGUCCAACGAUUCGUGAUUCUCGGUCGAAUUGUCGAGGAGGAUCGUUCGAUCCCGAAGCAGAAGCCACCUUAUUGGCGCGACGAAGAAACCACUUCCGUUCGCCUGCGAACCAGAAUACGCUCAUUUUGUUCUCGGUGCGUUCGUAUCAGCCAACGUAUCGUGUAAUAGUGUAAUGUAACGCGAAUCCUUCGUUGAACCGAUGUAAUCGUGAUCGGUGACUCGACGGGAACGUUCUUUUCGUUCGAGCUCGUAUAUUUCCAUCGCUAAUCAUUAACCCGUUAAAUGGUUCGAUUUUCGAUCGACUAAUGAAAAUCGUCUCGAUUUUGUACCUAUAAUAAUGAGCGAAUAAACAGAAGCAAAUUCGGCUCG